GUCAAAGUUUCGACAAUGUGUUUGGCAAUCUCUUACAACACACACACAAAUGAAAAAUUGACGAGACUCCAUUUGUAUGCGUGUGUAUGUACGCGUCGUACGCGUGGAGGAGUGAAACAACCCUUGAGAUGAUGUGCGUGAUUCGGCUUGCCAGUGAUAGUACGACGUUCACCGCUCGAGACUGUCCAUCUGGUCUCACGAUCAGUAACGUCCCAGAGUUCAUCGAUGUAACAUUCAACGACGUCUUACAAUUAAUCGUGCUAGAUUCCGUGAUUAAGCAAAACAGUACUAUAAAAAUUCUUAAUCUCCGAAGAGGUCGAACGUUUUCGGCGAGAGAAUCUCGUUCCAAGUUUCGGUCGUGCGGGUGGAUAUUUUUUUCCUGAAUAUAAUUUCGUCUCGGAAGAAGGAAGAAAGGGCAAAAUGGGAUUUCUAUUGGCCAAAAUAAUAAUAACGAUAAAUCGCAUCAUUUUUUAUAUACUUGGACCGAUAUUUGCGCUGGUUUACCUUAGAAAACCACCGCGUUUACCGCCGAUCGAGAAUCCCUUAUUGAAAUUGAGCGCGACUGCGUCGGCUAUGAAGAUUAGAAACGGUCAACUUUCCAGCCAGGCAUUAGUGGAAGCAUACGUCCAACGCAUCAAGGAAGUGAACCCGUUGCUGAACGCAGUGGUGGAAGAUCGGUUCGAGGAAGCCCUGAACGACGCGAGAUUGUGCGACGCCAGGCUAAGGAGCGGCCAAGUGGACUCGAAGAAACUAGAAACAGUGGCACCGCUUUACGGUGUGCCGAUCACCAUUAAAGAAAGCUGCUCGCUCAAAGGGUUGAGUUUCACGGGUAACACGUUAAGGAGGAAGGGGAUGAAAGCUCGACAGGACGGGGCAGCAGUGAAAUUAUUAAAAGAGGCCGGAGCAAUUCCGUUACUGGUAAGCAACACGCCGGAACUAUGCUCGUCCAUUCAGUGCAACAACAUUCUACACGGAUGCACGUUGAACCCGUACGACAUGAGAAGAUCGCCAGGGGGAUCGUCAGGGGGUGAGGCCGCGUUGAUCAGUGCAGGAGCGUCGAUGCUCGGCCUUGGCUCCGACUUUGCUGGCUCCAUAAGACUGCCAGCCCUGUUCACUGGCAUUUUCGGUCACAAACCUAGUCCAGACAUCGUUCCCAACGAGGGCCACAUGCCCUGGUCGGAUCAAGAUCUGUUCCGAUCGAUGUUGGUCCUCGGACCAAUGGCGAGGUACGUCGACGAUCUUUACUUGGCCAUGAGACUGUUCGAUUCGAGAUCAGAGACACGGUUAUUACCAAUGAUCGACGACCCGGUGAACCUGAAGGAUCUAAGAGUUUUCUACGUAGACACCAUAAACAAUGGUAGCAGCCUAAAGUCGUCUACACAGGAUAUGAAAGGAGCAGUGCACAGAGCGACGAGGCAUCUCUCCGAGAAAGGAGUCAGAGUGGAACAGUUGGCGCAAAGUUCGCUGAAAGACUUAUGGUCGAUCAUGAUGUGCGUCUACCCGAACGUGGAAAUGCCCGAUCUGUUGGAUCCCGAUCACCCGGGGAGCAAAAGCGCGUCCCUCGAACUGAUCAAAUCGACGUUCGGCUUGUCGCAAUAUAGCUUGUCGGUCUGUUAUGUGCAACUGCUCCUGGAUACCAAGGCUUUCAUCUCGAGUGAAACGGCCAAACACUAUUUCCAAGUGAAAAAUCAAUUGCGUCAGACGCUUAACGAUUUGCUCAAAGACAAUGGGGUGUUGAUCUGUCCCACUUUUCCUCGUCCAACGAUCUACACCGAACUCAUCCUCUUCAUAUUGGAUAGCAACCACUAUUGUUCACUGGCUAACUUGUUGCACAUGCCAGCCACGCACGUACCAAUGGGCCUGAACGACGAUGGAUUACCGAUCGGACUGCAGGUAAUAUCUGCGCGAAACCAAGAUCAUCUCUGUCUAGCGGUUGCGAAAGAAUUCGAAACGGCUUUCGGUGGCUGGGUACCACCACCCAGUCGUUGACCGGACCGAUCGGACAGUGUAUUAUCGGUCGACGUAUGCGAGAAAUGUGAUUUAUUUCGAAACGUACUCGAUGGAUACAAUGGGUAUGGGAGAGUGCAAUAACAUAGAAUACCUUAGAUUAUACACAUGGUAAAUCAGUAGAAUUAUUUAUAGUAUAUAGAACCGGAGGAGGCGGUGUUGCUUCGAACAAAGGAACCGUGGCGAACGUGAAACAUUGGAAAUGCCAUGAAAAAAAUUCAUGUUACUUUUC